AUGGAAACUCACCUGGCUGAUUUUUUUUCUGAAAUAGUUAAGCUUCGCGCUCAACUACUGAACAAUCUGGAUGUUAUGACAGCUUAUCAGCGCGGUCAAGAGGAAAUCAGCAGCAGGGAAAUUCUGACCAACAUUGAAAACAUAAUCCUAGGAAUAGUGACUAGUCUGUCGAAAGAUGAGGCCCCUGUCCUGACUCUGCCCAACAGAUUCAGCUGGGCCAACGUCAGAUUUGACAGCACCAUUGGGAUCCAGAUGAGUUCAGGAACUUCUGUCACCACUGUUAGGAGUGACUGUCCUUCAUCUGUCACUAAAUUUGCACAAAUUCUCAAGAUCCUCUCAGUCAUCUACAGACUUGUGCAGAGCAACUCAUAUGCAACAAAAAGAGACAUCUAUUACAACAAUACACAGCUGUUUGGUUCACAGGCAACUGUCGAUAGCAUAGUGGAUGAUAUUUCCUGUAUGCUUAAAGUUCCUCGCAGAUCCCUCCAUGUGUUGGCCACAUCCAAGGGAUUAAUCUCAGGUGAUCUGCGCUACAUGGAGGAAGAUGGAACACACAUUGACUGCCACUCCAGCUCUGCUGCUGUUGCAGUUUCAUCAAACAUUGGCGGGAUUAGGAAUAUUGUAUCUUCUGCCAGAUUUAUCAUGAUAGUUGAGAAGGACGCGACAUUCCAAAGACUGCUGGAUGACGACUUCUGCACCAAACUCUCUCCGUGUAUCAUUAUCACUGGUAAAGGCGUACCAGAUGUGAACAGCAGGCUGAUGGUGAGAAAGCUCUGGGACACGCUGCAUAUUCCCAUCUUCGCUCUGGUGGAUGCCGACCCUCACGGCAUUGAGAUCAUGUGUAUCUACAAGUACGGAUCAUUGGCCAUGUCAUUUGAGGCUCACAGCCUGACCGUCCCCAGCGUUAUGUGGCUAGGCCUCCUCCCCUCUGACCUCCAGAGGUUGCGGAUUCCCACGGAUGUGCUGAUUCCCCUCAGCAAGAGGGAUCAAAGCAAACUCAGUAGUCUCCUGAAAAGGCCGUUUUUAACCGACCAACCAGACUGGCAAAAAGAGAUGGAACUGAUGCAGCAGAAUAAGGUCAAAGCUGAAAUACAAUCGCUUGCAGCCAUUGCUCCUGAUUUCCUCACCAGCAUCUACCUGCCCAACAAGCUGCGUUAUGGAGGCUGGGUAGGAGCACAAUGA